AGGAAUGUGGAAGUCGGCGGAGGGGAAGGCGACAGGUUGCUUGAGGGAACGGCGGCAGCUCCAGGGUGUCUCUUCCGCCGCUGCUCCGCCACUUGCUUUCUCUCCGGGGAGGGAGCGUGCUGCCAACGGUGGGGGUUGCCCCCUCCUUUUAAUGCUCCUUCUGCUACUUAAAGUGGAACGGCUCGGGAACGGCUCGGAAAUCAAGAAUCCUGCAGCAGCAGCAGUAGCAGCAGCAGCAGCGGCAGAAUCGGCGCCUCGUUUUCCUCCCGUGCACUUGGAGCUGGGUUUUCCGCCUGCCCAACGGGUCCGGCUUUAAAGCUUCGCCUCCGAGACGGCUGCUUCUCGCUGGUGCUCCUUUCGUUCGGCCCCUUGCCUGCUUGACCUCUCGCCCUGCCUCUUUUUUUUUUUGGACGACGCUUGCUUUCUUUUUUAAAUGACUUGAGUGGAGGGGGAGGGGGGGGGAAACUGUCAAGAUGGCAGCAGGAGCGAGGAGGUUAUGAAUGUGGUUGGUGCCGAGGCUGGAACGAAAGCUCGGGAGCCCGCGGAGGACUUGGGUUUCCGGACCUGUUGGAAGGUCGGCGAUUGGACUUGUUUGAAUUCUCCGCGUCACUUUCUUUUUACGCCGAGGGAGAGGAUUUAAAAGAAGGAGAAGGGAGAAGAAGGACGGGCGUUUUAAGUUUUCCUCUCCUUGCUCCAAAAAAAUAAUAAUAUAAAAAAGACUGGCUUCUCUUCCUUCACCGCUUUCGGAUUUUUCUUUUCUUUCCUUUUUGUUUUUCUUCCCCGAGGAGGAAUCAAGAGCGAUCACAAAUGGGGCAGCCGCGAUCGGAUGGGUUGUUGUUAAGGCUUCGGUGCUCUCCGUGAAGACGUUGGGAAGUCGGUGAGAAGAAGGACUUGUAAAAGACCGAAGGCGUCCAUCAAACCAGCAACGGAGAGACUCGCGAAUAUCUCUUUUUUUAAAAAAAACACAAAUAAUAAUAAUAAUAAUAAUGGUGAUGCGGGGGGUCGCGUGAAUUGGGGGGGGGGUCUCUUUAAUAGCUACCGAGCGAUGCUAUUGGACGACUCCGACGCGUAGCGAAAGAUAAACAAACGCGCGGGCGCAGAGCCGCGAUUUGAUUCCAGCUCCGCCGUCUUUGGAAAUGCUUCCCAAAUCGGUCAGCCUCAAAGGGCAGCGGACAGAGAGCUGACCUGCAACCGGGAGACCCCCGGAUCGCUUGCGGAUCGCCUUAGAACUUUUCCUUUCUCAGGAGCGGGAGGCGAGCGAGAGAGCGAGAGGUGGCGGGCAGGAAGGAGGCGGCCGGACCUUGAAUGGAGAGCGGCGUGCUCGCUCCAGCUCGCUAAUCUCUAGCAGGGAGCUGGGCGAGGAGAAAGGACCGGAGCGUGGAUCGGGUUCCCGUCUGACAGCGGGAAAGGACAGGAGGGAUCGCCUCAAAAGCGGGGGAGGCCAAGAUGGCUGAAGUGUCUCCCCCCGCGCCCUUGUCCCCUCUGGACGUGGAGCUGGACCCGGAGUUCGAGCCCCAGAGCCGUCCUCGCUCCUGUACGUGGCCCCUGCAAAGGCCCGAGCUUCAAACGAGCCCGGCCAAGCCUUCGGGAGACGCGGCCGCCGACGCCGCCUCCAUGAUUCCCGAGGAGGACGACGACGCUGACGAUGAGGAGCAAGGGGGCACCUCAACCGCCGGCCUCUCCGUCUCCGGCGGUGCCGGCGAAGCUCUUGCUUCGGAGGACACGGCCCGGCUGCUGGUUCCCUUUUCCGGGCUGCCCGGGGAGGGAGCUGGCGCCUCUGCGUUGAGCGGCGGGCAGCAGCCUCAGCCAGUGGCGGCGGGAACAGCGGCAGCGCCGCGGAAAUGUUCGUCCCGGAGAAACGCGUGGGGGAACUUAUCGUACGCGGACCUGAUCACCCGCGCCAUUCAGAGCUCGCCGGAGAAGCGCCUCACCCUGUCCCAAAUCUACGAGUGGAUGGUGCGCUGCGUGCCCUACUUCAAGGAUAAGGGCGACAGCAACAGCUCGGCUGGCUGGAAGAACUCAAUCAGACACAACUUGUCACUUCACAGUCGAUUCAUCAGGGUACAGAAUGAAGGAACUGGGAAAAGCUCGUGGUGGAUGAUCAACCCCGAUGGAGGAAAAGGAGGGAAAGCACCACGCAGACGGGCUGUAUCGAUGGACAACAGUAACAAAUACACAAAGAGCCGAGGACGAGCAGCUAAGAAAAAAGCAGCCCUUCAAGUCGCCCAGGAGACAAGUGAUGACAGCCCCACCCAGCUAUCCAAGUGGCCUGGUAGCCCAACCUCCCGUAGCAGUGAUGAACUGGAUGCGUGGACAGAUUUCCGGUCUCGUACCAACUCGAAUGCCAGUACAAUAAGUGGCCGCUUGUCCCCAAUAUUGGCAAGCACUGAGCUAGAUGAGGUGCAGGAUGAUGAUGCUCCCCUUUCUCCCAUGUUGUACAGUAGCUCACCCAGCAUGUCCCCGUCAGUGAGCAAGCCCUCUAACGUUGAGCUGCCUAGGUUGACUGACAUGGCAGGCACGAUGAACUUGAACGAUGGCUUGACAGAUAAUCUUAUGGAUGACCUCCUGGACAAUAUAACCCUUCCCUCUUCCCAGCAGUCACCCACAGGAGGUCUUAUGCAGAGAAGCUCAAGCUUUCCAUACGGCUCCAAAGGUUCAGGGCUUGGUUCUCCAUCCAGUAGUUUCAACAAUGCUGUGUUUGGUCCAUCAUCUCUGAAUUCUCUCCGUCAGUCUCCCAUGCAAACCAUCCAAGAGAACAAGCAAGCUACAUUUUCUUCCAUUUCACACUACAAUAACCAAACUCUGCAGGAUCUGCUGGCAUCGGAUUCACAUAGCCACAGUGAUGUCAUGAUGACUCAGUCCGAUCCACUCAUGUCACAAGCUAGCACCGCUGUGUCUGCCCAAAACGCCCGCAGGAAUAUUAUGCUUCGAAAUGAUCCAAUGAUGUCGUUUGCUGCUCAACCUAGUCAGAGCUCUUUGACCAAUCAGAACCUGCUCCACCACCAGCAUCAAUCCCAGAAUUCCUCUCUCAGUGGCAGCCGUGCCUUGUCAAAUUCUGCCGGUACUAUGGGCUUAAGUGACACCAACCUUGGAUCAGCAAAACACCAGCAACAGCCACCUGCCAACCAGUCUAUGCAAUCACUUUCUGACUCCCUCUCAGGCUAUGCCAACAGUGUGAGCCUUCCGGUCAUGGGGCACGAUAAAUUCCCCAGUGAUUUGGAUCUGGAUAUUUUCAACGGGAGCUUGGAAUGCGACAUGGAGUCCAUUAUCCGCAGUGAACUCAUGGAUGCAGAUGGAUUGGAUUUUAAUUUUGAUUCCCUCAUCUCAGCCCAGAAUGUUGUUACACUGAAUGUGGGAAACUUCACUGGUGCUAAGCAAGCUUCAUCACAGAGUUGGGUUCCAGGCUGAAGGAUUUAUGCAAAGAGGGGAAAAUGGGCAAAGCAGGCCCUUCAUCCAACAUGAAUCCUAAAGAAAAAAAAAAUCCUUGCCAAAAUCAACUGUCAGCAAAGACAGGGAUAUCGUUUACAGCAUUUGUGAACCCUGCAUUCUUUUCCUAACGAAACAGAGACUGUUAGCGAGCCCCAGAACUUGAGGAAAGAACUGACUUAUCUGGAACUGAACUCAUUUUGAAGUAUGCAAAUUUUUCUUACUGUAGGGUGAUCCACCACCAACUUGAGGAUAUGUUGGUUCAGCCACCAUUCUGUUUCAGAACACUGUGUAGUCUUUACAGUAAUGUGCUUGUCAAUCAGUAUAUGGCGUUCCAAAAUGGUGAUGGGUUGCAGGAUGCUUUUAGGUUGGCUUUUGUUCUUCAGGGUUUUCCCCAGCCCACUUUUCUUAAGGGGCGAGAGAUGCUUCCGCCCCCCCCCCCUGUGAAAUUCUUUACUUGCUCCCUUCUAAUGUGCCAAUUCCUCAUGAAAAUUAAAUACACAACAAUAGGCUUGAAAUAUCAACAGCACUUGAAUUACCAAUACAGUUUCCAGCUGUAUUAAACUAUUGCAGCAACACAAGUGACGAGUAUGGUGGCACUUUAAAGGCUUAGCAAAUUCGGUAUGACGUGGAUCGGGCUCUAAGAUAAGAUGGUAAGGGACAGCGAGGAAUGGCAAAAAAGGGGAGAGAGAAAUGCAAUGCAAGAAGUACCAAUGCCCUCUGCAUUUUGUUUCUAUCUUCGGGAUAGCAUUCCAGGUAUGCAACCACAGAGGGUGUCAUGAAAUGUUGCUCUUUAAAAUGCCACUGAACUCUUUGUGGACUCCUGCAAUCGUUAGAGUACAACCAACCAACUGCAUUCAAGAGUUAGUUUGAACGAACAACUAAACGUUUGUAUUUGCUUUGGUGUUUUAAUGUGGGGAUUGGCUAGCUAACUCAUUAGUUCUCAACUAGUCCCUACAACUCUCCAACCAAAUAUUUUCCUAAUCUUGUACAUGUUUCUUUUUAUUUUUGGUACCAAGAGAGGGUGGAUUUUACCUCACAAAAUUAGCUACCACUAGUGUUACAUCCUAACCAAGGUUCAGUUGGUGUGAGGGGAAAAGGGCAUUUCGUUGUGGGGAAAAUCAGUAACUCUUAUCUAAAUCUAGUCUGAGUUUAUGCGAGCAAUUUUGCCCAAAUGCUGCAGUAAAUUUUUGCUUUUUUGUUUGUCCCCAUAGCUUAGCAAUUGGCCAAUCUGAGGUGCAUUGUUUACCACUUGCCAAAUAUAACCACAUAGAAGGCAAUGGCUUGCUUUCAAAUUAUUACUCUUAUUAAUAAUAACAACACAAAACCUAAAAGAAAAAAAUGAGUAUAUUGCAUGAGAACAGAGUUUUAUGUAUCUGUAAUAUCCAAGGCUUGGAUGAUUUUUUUCAUUCAUAAUCAUUUAUUCAUCUUUUUCUUCCUUAUUCUUUUCCUCUUGUGAUACAUGGUGGAAACUGGAAAAAAAGGUGGUUAGGAAGGAGACACAGAGGGAAAAUCCAUACCGAGAGCUUUUCAUAGGAGCGUAGAUUGUAACUGGAUAAAUUCCAUUGAAAAACAAAGUAGUUUUUAUAUAUUUUGCUUAUAGGGAUUUCUUUUUGUAAAUUUAUAUAGUAAUAAUGACUGAAAGUUAUGGUGCUGUGCAAGUCCUGUUUAAUUACUUUUUAUUGGUAUUUUUCAUGUGAAGGAGGGGCAAAGAAGGCAAGAAAGAAAUAGGGGAAAACCUGAUGGUACGUUUUAAUUUUUUUUUUUUUUAAUUUUAUUUUAAUGGUGUGAAGACACUUUGGCUUAGGACAACAUAUACAUAUUUCUCCAAAGUGAUAUAUGAAGAACUUUUUUUGGCAUAAAAGCAGAAUGCAUAUAAAUAUAUAAAUAUAUUUUAUUAUGUACAGAAACAGAUCAUUAUGCAUGAUUGUUAAGAGAACAGACUAGCAUUUUAACCCAAAGUCUCAGUGCAUGAGUUUCCACCAGCACGUGAAUCAUGUACCUGCGUGGUGUGAUUCCUCUCAGUUGCCACCUUUCACUGCGCGUGCACAUGCAGGCAUUCAAGCACAUUCACACACACACACACACACACACAUUCAUCGGUGGGCCCUAUAUUGCUCUUCUUUUCCAACUUCUGAGGUAAUAUUGGUGAAAUAACAGCUCCUUGUGUGAUGAAAGUUUUGUUUUGUACAGUAGCUGCCUCCUCCUUGUGCUGCGCUAUUCUCUAGGAGAACACAUAAAGUCCACCAUGCAGUUCAUAACUUGAUGACAAUUCUGUGCUGUUGUGGUUCUAAAUAGCUCAUAGAAUAUACACUUUCAAACUAGUUAAAUGAUUUUUAUUGUUUUCCAAAUAAAUACAGACUAUUUUUUUAAUAAUUAAGGUGGUAUAUUUGUCUAUGGCAGGGCAUAGUUUAUCAUGUUUCUUUAAUUAUAUACCACCAAUGUGUGUGCUUGUUCUUCACAUUGGAAAGGGCUUCCCUGAAAGGAAUACCUUAUAAAAAUGUCAUCUGUUCCAGGGGCUUAAGAAAAGUAUUGACUUAUCUUGAGAGACUCAGUUACAGGUACCUAUUACCAAAGCUAGUUAAGAAUGUGCUCACAUGCCUUUACUAAAUAUGAGUAUCUGGCACGUCAUUAUAUGUGAAUUAAGCCAAUGAUGAUAUUUUGGGAUGUUUGUUGUUAUUUUGUUCUUUGAAAUGGAAAUGUAUGUGGUGAUGGACAAUUUAUUUCCAAGUUUCUGUCUUGUCUUCUCAACAGAAACU